AUGGCGAAAAAUAAGAAAGGCAAAAAAUCAAGAAAUCAAAAUGACAAUCCACCUGAUGCUCGGUUCAUGCAAACCCCUUUCACAGACAGAGAGGAAACCACUGAGCAGGAGGGAAUUCCACCUCACGAUGAACCAGGGGAAGAGUUUGCCCCAGGUGCUAGUGAUACCGAUGGACACGACUCGGACGCAGACAAUGGAUCAGAGAAUGAAGGUCCACCCGUCGAGGACAAGCCACCUCCCCUUAAAAAGUGGGUGAAGGAGGUUAUUAAGCGCGAGACAAGUGGCGAGAAGGCUCAGUCCAUAGAGAAUUUCUUCAAUUCCGAGGAGCCCGAUGCCAGCGCUUGCAAACCAUUUUUUGAAAGACUCAACCAACACAUCCGCGCUGCCAAUCAAGAACAUGGAGCAAUUGACCUUGAUGAAGGGACUGUCCCAGUCGGAUCAUAUGAUCCAAUCGCAGAUACCUGCAGGAGAAUGGUUUUGGCAAAAAAAGAUAGCCCAGAGGAGGCAUGGGAUGCGUUUCAUCGAACUCGUGAUCUACUCAAAAAGAUCAAUCGCCGAUAUCGCCUACCAAGGACCUGGAACUUUCAUCCUUCUUGGUGCGAAAGCAUAUGCGGACCGGAUCCAACAAUGCACGGGCAGUCGGAUGAAGACUUCGAAACUUCCGGUGAUGAGUCUCAAGCUGCGGGUGAUACGAGAGGAGAUCUUCAUUCGACCGAUGGUCUUGGUGACUCGGAUGAUUCCGAGGCCGAAUCUGUCCGACCAACAGGCCUCGAUUCAUUGGAGUCCAGAGCCAUGAAGGAACAACGUCGGCACAGUGGUGGUAAAGUUCUCUUCUGGUGGCCGAAAGGCACUGGUUCACAGACUUUUGUCCGCUAUGGAGAUCGCUCUGCCCCAAUUUAUCGAAUAAGAGCUGGAUCUCAUGAGAUGUAUGACCAAAAGCGUGUUGAAAAGGUCCUUACGACCAAGACUCGGGGAAGUCAGAAAGUGGAUCUCAUAAAGAAUGGAAUUCCAUGCGAGGAAUGGAAGUUUGGUCGACAGCAUGUCGAAGAUAUUCGCGGAGUUGGCUGGAAGGUUGAAGACGACGAUGAAGUUGGCAUUGACCCUCUGUCAUUCAUCCGUCCAGUGCCUAACUCCGUUUAUCCGCAAACCCGAGCUUGGGUCAAAUGGAAAGACGGCAAGUUCACUUUGGAGGGCAGGCAGUUCAUCAGACGCAUCACGAAUGGUUCCUCUCUUCAAGGCGAUCAAGUCAUCUUUCAAAAAGCGGAGGAUUUAGAAACUGCCUAUCGCCUUAGACAUGGCUGGGAACAGACUGAUAGUGAAAUAGACCUUGAUGAUGUUAGACCGUCUAAGCGUUAUGGACAUGCGAAAAUAAAGUCUGAGAUUGAAACAGACACAGAUUCUGAUGAUGGCUACUCGUUGCGCUAUACGAAUCAGAGAAAAAAAGCCAGUUCCGACUUCAGGUCGCCGUCGUGGCAGAGCUCGAGCUCGUUCUGA